UUACAGCUUUGGUGUCAUUUAACGCAGGCGAUUGGACAAAAGGAAGCGAAACCGUACGGAGCAUUCCGGCCAGGUCACGUUCACACUAUCGAACCGCAAAGUUGUUUGGCCUGAAAACAAACCCAACACAACCGGAGAGGUCAUGGAAGCGUUGGACCCACGGCGGACACAGUAGCAGUGUGAAGUCCGCGAAGAUUCCUCUACCUGCUGCACGGCCGUAUCUCAGGCACGCCACACCAACCGGGUGGUGCAUAUGCGUGAAAAUUUGCAGCUUACAAACCAGUACAGAGGUUGGUGUGGUGCGGCGGUACGCAUGAUAAGCGCACGACACUAUGCCAUGAAUCGCCCAUACGCGCUUAUCGGGCACGGUUUUCGCGGAGAUCGCGGAUAGGCGUCCUUGGCCGGUGGGUUAUAUAAGAUGGCUGCAGUGCAUCCGACCUGGGUACAGAGUGCGUCCAGUAGCGGUGGUGUGCAGUAGUUUUUCCUAAUUAAGGCAUUAAGGCACCCGCUGGUAGUUGCUGGUGACCUCAAGAGUUGUUUGGCGUUGGUGAGGAUCGUGUGUAGCUGAGUGAAGACUAGUGAUCAAACAGCAGCAAGAUGGUGUGGUGUACAGUUAACAAUCAGAUCUGCUGGUGGUUGGUGGCGUUAAUGGUGGCACAGUGCGUCGUAGGACCCUGCGAGGCGAAAAAGUGUGGUGUGAUAUGUCGUGUGCGUGAUCCACUGACGAUCGGUAACAGUCAAAUGCUGAAGGAGUGCUUGUACGAGGUAUAUCCGGUCGAGAGCACACAGAACACGGACGGUAGCGGGUUCAGCAUGCAGACGGUUGAUGAUCGCCGGAAUCGCCUGUUCUCGCUGUACGGUGGUCCGAGCUCGUGCGAGUACUUCGGCACCAUGAUCCAGACGGCGAAGGGACGCGACACACUGGUCGAGACGAUCCGCCGGCAGUUGCAGAAGAGCGGGUUCAAGGGAUUGGAUCUGCAGUGCGAUCCGGUGCAGGCUCGAGUCACACAGCAGGCGUACGCGGAGUUCAUGGAGCAGUUGCGCAGCUACCUGGGCAACACCUACGUGAUUAUGGUGACGUUGAGCAGCUGCCAGCUGGAAUCGGGACUGGUGAAAACGCUCAACCAUGUAGCCGACUUUGUCACGAUCAAUCAUGGCGGACAGCCUUCCAUGUUGACGAACGCACUGAUGUACGGUUUGGCCAGACACCGUGUACUGUUGGCGACGCCCUAUCCAACCACCAUCAGCUGUCCGCUGAACAACGAUUACUCGCUGAACGAGAUGUUGAGUCAGGUCGAGCAGCACAACCUGUUCGGAGCGGUCGUUCAGCUGGAUCGUGACGACGUGAACAAUGUGUGCGGAGAAGGUCCUUUCCCGGUGUUCCGCAAGGUGUUGGAUCGUCUGUGCUCGAAUGCCGAAUGCAACUUUAGCGGGUUCGUACGAGAUACACGCGACUGUGGUCAGUACUACAGCUGUGAUAAUGGAUGCAAAACGACACACCAUUGCCCAGUCGGACACUCGUUCGAUCUGUGUAAGAGCAGAUGUCAGCCAAUCCUGCAGGUGAACUGUAACAGUACCACGUGUGUCGUCAGUGGCAACCUGCCCAAUGGUAUGACGCCCAUACGUUACCCGAUUCCUUUCCCCAACCCCAACCCGGACUGUUCGAUGGGAGGCGGUGGUAACAACGGUGGCGGCAACAACGGUGUCGGCAACAACGGUGGCGGCAACAAUGGUGGCGCCAAUAAUCAAACGACUGACUGCUGCUGCGAUGUGCUGCGGAAUCUGACAACCUUCUUCAACGUGACGCGUGAAUUUUCACAGCUGUUCUUGCUGCUCAACGAAACCGGGUUGGACAAUACGGUUGGCGUGAUACGUCGAGCAAUUCCGGAAAUUCUCGAUCUGCUUGGCAACAUUGUCGAUCCGCUCAAUGUGCUGCUAGAUACAUUGUUGAACGGACAGCAGCUGAUGAACAACACGCUGGUUGGCAUGGCCGGCGUAAGCGGCCAAACCAAUAUUCUAAGCCAAUUGCUAGCAUUCGUUAUCAAUCUGCUCAAUAAUGUACUCGGUAAUGUACCAGUUGGAGGAAGUGGUGCUGGUAGUCCCCCUAGCACAUAGUGCUCUGCAGCAAGCUAUACAGUUAAAUAAAUAAAUGAAUGAAAUAUUACCAGUUUAUGUUUGAAAAAUCGGAUCCAUUUCAAGACGGUUGGACACUGGCCGGGUCCGGCAAGAUAAGAUACAUUUAGGG